CAUCCGCAUGGGGGAGUAAGUGAUUAAAUGGUGUGCAGUGGAUAAACAUACGAGUCCCGUGAAGCAAGCUGCGAGCGCCAAACUUUAAUACUCGAAUGAAACUCUUAACUGGCGAUACCAACCACUGAGCGCCAACACCCCAUGGAACUCAGUAAAGUGACGCUGGAGAUCUUCUCCAAACUCGAGCAGAAAUGGCUCUCUCGCUGCGAAACCACCACCAAAACCCGCAUUCUUAGCAUUGACGGCGGAGGAACCACCGCCGUUGUUGCCGGCGCCUCCCUGGUUCGCCUUGAGGAUCAGAUCCGUCUCCAGACCCGCGAUCCCCAAGCUCAAAUCACCGACUUCUUUGACAUCGUUACCGGGACCGGCAUUGGUGCCAUCCUUGCAGCCAUGAUCACUGCCGACGGCGGCUCCGGCAGGCCCCUCUAUACUGCCAGGGACGCCGUGCGUGUCGUCGCACAGAGGAAUUCUGAACUCUUUAAGCCUAAACUCCCAAGAGUUCUCCGCUGGCGUCGUCGUAGAUUUUCUUCCAAGAGCAUGGACAAGGUGCUGAAGGAAGUGUUCCGGAGAAGAGUGGACGGACGACCGUUGACCUUGAAGGACACGUGCAAGCCCCUGCUGAUACCCUGCUUUGACCUCAAGAGCGCAGCCCCGUUUGUGUUCUCACGGGCAGACGCAUCCGAGUCGCCCAGCUUCAACUUCGAGCUCUGGAAAGUAUGUCGUGCCACCUCAGCCACGCCAAGCCUCUUCAAGCCCUUUCAGUUGACCUCCGUCGACGGAAAGACCUACUGCCGCGCCAUUGACGGUGGACUGGUGAUGAACAACCCGACGGCGGCGGCCGUGACUCACGUGCUGCACAACAAGCGUGAUUUUCCGUCGGCGAAGGGCGUGGGAGAUCUCUUGGUCCUCUCCCUAGGCAAUGGGACGUCGAUCAUUGGAGGUUCAGGAAGGAAGGGGAGUGAGAAGGAGGAGACAUUAUGCUCGAUGUCGUCGAUGGUUGACAUUGUGGCGGAGGGUGUGUCGGAAACCAUUGACCAAAUGCUGGGGAACGCCUUCUGUUGGAACCGUACGGACUAUGUAAGACUCCAGGCGUUGGGUUUGGGGAAUGGGGAGGAGGUGCUGAAGGAAAAAAGCGUGGAGUCGUUACCGUUUGGCGGGAAGCGGUUACUGAAAGAAACUAACGGACACAGAAUCGAUAGCUUUGUGCAGCGUCUUGUCGCUUCGGGAAAGGCCAGCCUGAGCCUCCCGCAGAGUGCUGCCAACGAAGCCGCCGCUUACCCCAUCGGCGGCAGUUAGUUAGUUCUUUCUUUUUCCUUUUUUGCCCUCUCCACAUCAUGAUGUUGCCAGUUAAUUGUAUUCAAAGUUUCCGUUCUUGCUUUUGCCACGCCCCUAGUCAUGGUCAACCGGCACUUGAUAGAAACUAGCAGUAAUAAUUAACUUCCCAAUUCGCAUCAUGAUGGAUCUAACUGACGAUCAUAGCCGUCUCAAUCAAUUGGUAAUUACUGUUUUUUAGGAC